UGUGUUGUCUGAAUCUUUUGCCUGUAGCAUUUAAAUCAUUCAUUUAAAAACAUUUAAAGGAUGCUGACGAAGGACUUCAAACUGUAGGUGACGGGAUAAUUGGAAAAGGGAAACCAUAAUGAACGAGGAUGUGCAGUGUGAAGGAAUGUGCGCAUCCUACUGUUGACGGGUCUCUAAGGUUACAGGGAGCAGGGCGGCGCAGUCUCUAAGGUUACAGGGAGCAGGGCGGCGCAGUGGCAGCCUGUUACUCAGCUCUUGCUCUCUAGAGAUUUAAAUCUGGCAUUGAAUAGGAGAUUGCACACAAACACAAGUCCAGGCGUUUUCUCAAUCCUGUGUCUGGAACCUGUGUGAGAACAUGUGGUCAACUCCUCACUCGGUGAAGCGGUGGCAGCUCAGCGGGACGGACUGUGAGCAGGUCCGCAGCACGCGCUCAGACACGCGCCUCAGCUGCUGGACCCCCCUGAACAACCAGAGGAGCAACCUCCAGUUAUUUGAGGAGAGGAUGACCCUUGUGCUGCACUGGUUUGACCUGUGGACUGACAGACAGAGGAAACACCUGUUGCACUCUCUGCUCACACAUUGCACCAUGUCCCAGCUCAAGUACUGCAGAGAUCUGCUGAUCGAGACGGUUCCUGUGACUCAAGUGGACUUCACGGCGGUGCUGCCACGUUUCCUGUCCCUGUACGUGAUGUCAUUUCUGUCCCCUCGUGACCUCUGUUCGGCGGCCCAGGUCAGCUGGCACUGGAGAACGCUUUCUGAGCAGGACUGUCUGUGGGCAAGCCGCUGCAUCACAAGAGGCUGGUUCCUUCCCUACACUCCGGCAGAGAAAGAAUAUGGAGCGUGGAAGAACCAUUACGUCUCCUGCGUCUCCACCCUUGACUGGCUCACUCCAUGGGAGGCAACCGAGCGCUAUGGGACCCUUAACCAACAAAGCACAGUGAUGACAGAGGAGGAGGAGGAGAGGAGGGAGGAGAGGAGGAUCAGGCAGAUGAUCAGAGACAAACUACAGGAAGAGAGGAGACAGUCUAUGAGAACCAGGAGAGCCUGGGGCAGCUUCACAAAGCCAGGAGCAGCCAGAGGAAGUACCCAGACAGCGAGGCCCAGCUCUGGAAUAACAUUUAGCUCUUGGCCCUCACUCUCCUGGCCUCCAAGGUCCGUAGGGUCCCCCAGCCUCUGCCUGAGCAUGGACAGAGGACAGACCAUGUCUGCAGCUCAGAGCCGGGAGAUAGUCCAGACCUGCAGUCCUUCCAGACUGAACAAUGCCAGUGGAGCGCUGUCUUCUUUUACUAGCAGACUCGCACUGACACACACAGUCCCACCCAUCCGUCGGACCGAUCCUGCCCUCUUACUGCUGAUCUCCAACAGAAUCCCUGCCUAUGAGCUUCUGCUGAGUGGUGUGAAGGCAGGAGUGAUUGUGGUUCUGUACGACCACAGAGGGACUCUCUCAGCUCUGUUAGCCCAGGUGGAGACGGCUAUCACUGGGCAGGGAGCUCAGAGACUGGGCCUACUUGCUCCUGGAGGAACUGAAGAAAUCCAUCUGCUUCACAGGUGUAUCUUGUCAGAGAGGACUCUGCUAAACCCGGAUCAAAGGGAUUUCUGGGAAAAACUUAGUGGCUGGGUGGCACCAACUGAGGAAGGAGGAGGGAUUGACAUCUUCUCCCCGCUAGCUGCUUGUGCAUCAGGAGCGGCUCUCAUCCAGACUCUCUCUACUCUGACCGGUCUGGAGGUCCGAACACCAAUGGGUCUUGCAACCGGAAGUUUUCAGAACAUCCUGAGCGAAUGGUCUGACGGCAGUGUGUGCACCGGGCUCUCAAACCAACGAGCAUCAUCCCCGGCGCUGCAGUUUGUGUGUGAGAGUGUACUGCAGGGCUGGUGCAGACAGGCUCAGUGGAUGGAGGAGGCCCUGGGGGAGCUGAGGGGCCAUCUGGGGCCACAGCUACAGCAGGUCAGCCUUCAGGCCAGGGGCCGAGCUCUGGGUAAUUUCCUGUGGGAGAAAAUCUGCCUCGAGGAGCUGUGUGUGUCCAAAGAUCUCAGUGAGGCGCUGGUAGAGGGACUCAUUGCUCUCACAAGACAGACAGAGACCAGACCUCUGGAGUUUCUUGCUGGUUUCCUGACAAGAUGGAAUAAGGAUGAGGGAGAUGAAAACAAAAGAGCAGCUGACUUCUCUUCAGCACCACACAGCUCACAGAAGCGCUUUAGCCUGAUACCUGAGCUACCGCAGAACGCGUUAGAUUGGAGAAGUGCAGCUGCCAGAGAGCUCCUCCACAGCGAGUGUCUUUACCUGGGCAGACUGAGCGCCGUGCUGAAGGUGUACCACGAGCCUCUUACAGCAGCACUGAACUCCAACAGAGCCAUUCUGAGCUUCAAUGACAUCCACAUUGUCCUCAGCCCUGUCACACGGAUACUGGAGCUCAACAGGGUGUUUCAGGUAGAUUUACAAGCCCGGCUGCAGCAGUGGGGUGCAGCGCAGUGUGUUGGAGAUGUGCUUGUGAAACUGUGCUCAAAACUUAGAGUUUACACCAACUAUCUCAACAACUACCCCACUGCCAUCCACACCAUCGACAAGUGCAGAGAGACAAAGCCGCCAUUUCGGGCUUUCCUGAAGAGAGCAGACAGAACUCUUUCCACACACAUGCUGAGCCUUCAGGAACUGCUGCUGUGUCCAUUGUGGAGAAUCCAGGAGUAUGUGACUCUGCUUCAAGCUCUGUGUUUACACACACACACCGCUCACCCUGACCACACACACCUCUCCUCUGCCCUCAACACCCUGGUGACAUUAAGAGGAUUCGUACAGAAGUUGAAGCGUAACUCAGAGAGAGACAGGCUGAUGGAGGAAACGCAGCAGAUGAUCCAAGGAUGUCCGAACCUCAGUGAAGGGAACAGGCAGCUGGUAAUAACUCAGGAUGCUGCUUUGCUCGGGAGCCCUGAUGAGCAGAUCCCUGAGUCACUCCGGACCUAUGAGCAUGUGUCAGAUGUGGGCCUGUUCCUGUUUAGCGACGCAUUGGUGUUGACACGGCGACGUGUUCAUCACACACCCUUCACGCUGACCUACCAGAGCGCACACACUUUCCUGGCCUCGGUGGCUCUCAACAGCCUGGUCGUCAGAGAGAUCACACACACACGCUAUGUGUGUCAUGCCUUUGUCCUGGAGGGUCCUUGUCGUUCCUGGGUGUGUGCCACAGAGAGAGGAGAGGAGAGAGAGCACUUCCUGUCUGUUCUGCGUCCAGCCAUAGAGUCUGCUCUGACGGGUCAUCAGUGACGGUACCGUGACAACACACCGGCAAGACAAGAGGAGGUUUGGACACCACUGGACACCACAGUCUGAUCACUGUUGUUUUUAAGUUCAGGAAAGAUCUCUUAAACCCAUUAUUUUUCACAUGCCGCAAUAUUAUGUAGGCCUGCAAACAUAGCGUUCCUGCUACUGGUUAAACUGUGUACAACAAUACCACCUUCAUUAAAGUCACAAUGAUAACUUCACUUCCAUCAGGUGGGUUAUCACACUACAGCGCUGGAUAAGUCAAACCUGUAUCGCUACAAAUACACUUUUGCAUUCUCUUGAUAAUGCAUGCGUUGCUGACUCACUGAAACCCGGGGUCAGCUUGACAUUUUAACCCCCUUUUUACGGUGUAUUCAAACUCUUUGUGCACGUCUAUUUUUUGAUAUACCUAAACAGCUUAAUAAAUCCUAAUAUCUUGGCAGUACACCUAAGGAUGCUCAUGAAAUCUUAUAGUUAGUUCUGUUCUGUCGCACCAUGAAGCUGGUGCAGUUUAAUAGAAUAACAGUACUCUGAAGUCUAUGAAUCACAGCGGGUGUUAAAGAGUGGUCUGUGUUGUGUUUGCCUUUACGGUUUGGUCCCGUUUUGUCUCUGUGUAAAGAAGUCGUGUGUUGUACAAUCUGUACUUGUGUUAUGUAUGUUUGCAGAUAAUACAAUGAGUAUUCCUGAAUGUAUACACGUGCAUCUCCACACUUUGAAGCGGUAACAUUAGCUUUACAAGGUGCACUCUCUUUAACAAUCAGCCUUUUCAAUGUCUUCCCCCUUGUAUAUAUAUCCAAAUCACCACAUGUCAUUUUACUUCAAUCAUUGUUUGUUGUAGCUCAUUGCACCACCUAGAUGUAGAUUGGCUUUGCUUUGAAAUUGUAUACAUGUGUUAAUGUUUGAUCAACAUAAACUACAUCACGAUGUUUCUAUGAUGACUCCAA